AUGAGUGCAAUUCUGAGGCGGAAGGUUGCGCACACGGGUCUUAACGAUGUCUCUAGUAGGAGCCAUGGGGUACUUGUGAUUUCUGUUUCCGCUCCUUGUGAUGAUGGUUCUGGGAAAUCUGUUACUGGGAAGCUGAACCUCAUAGAUUUAGCAGGUAAUGAAGAUAAUAGGAGGACCUGUAACGAAGGUAUUCGCCUUCAAGAGAGUGCCAAGAUCAACCAGUCCUUAUUUGCCUUGUCGAAUGUGAUUUAUGCUCUGAAUAACAACAAACCCAGAGUGCCAUACAGAGAAAGUAAACUGACACGAAUAUUGCAGGAUUCUCUUGGAGGAACAAGCCGCACUUUAAUGGUAGCUUGUUUGAAUCCAGGAGAAUACCAAGAAUCUGUUCAUACAGUUAGUUUGGCAGCUAGGUCGCGCCACAUAUCUAAUUUUGUACCAUCAGCUCAGAAACAAGAUACUCCUAAGGUUCAAGUUGACAUGGAGGCAAAGCUCUAUGCUUGGCUUGAAUCAAAGGGCAAGACAAAGAGUAAACAAAGAAUACGGGUGUUUGGUUCCCCAUUUCCGAGUAGAACUCCUAGAUCUGUAAGCUCUAUGAAGAGACACGGUACACAUAAGAGCUCUGCAAAAACUCAGGCUAUUGCCAAUCAAGGUGCUUCAAGUUUAAAAGAAAGGGAAGUGCAUAUGUGUUGCAGUAAUCUAUUCGACAACGGUGGUCUGUUAGAUACAGCUAUGGGGGACCUUGCUGCUGAGAGAAAAACAAAUGAGUUCAGGGCCUCUGCUGACAGGAUAGUGUUAGACUCAACAUGUGUGCCUGACGAACCAUUGGAUGACGAGAGGGAGCCAACAACCAUCAAAGGUACCGACUUUGCCGCAUUAACACCGACUAGAGAGAAAAGUAAAGCACUUCCAGGCUCCCUAAGAAAAGUUCUUUCUCCCAUUAACUCUAACAUCAACAUUGAGCACAUAUUAUCCAGAGACCAAAUAUAUCCUGCCCUUUCUGAUCCCAAGACACCUUCCAUUCUGAUGGCUGACAACAACUACAAAACGAUUGGCACCCCACUUGAUAAGUUUAAUGCACGAAGUUCUAAUUUGAAGGGUACUCUUGCCCAAGAAUAUGUUGAGUUUUUGAAUAUGGCUAGCAGGGAGGAGUUACUGGAGUUAAAGGGAAUUGGACGAAAGAUGGCUGAAUACAUACUUGAGUUGAGGGAAACAAGCCCACUAAAAUCGCUAAGUGAUUUGGAGAAGAUAGGCCUUUCAUCCAAGCAGAUACAUAACAUGUUUGGUAGAGCUGCAAGAGGAAUAUUUGGUUGAGUUAAUUUGCAACAUCUAGUUGUUUGGGAGACUUGCAGCCGAAAUUAAUAGCCAGAUGGUUUUCAGAACCGACCAUCUGUGUUUUUAUUUAUAAAUUGUUGUCUCACUGUAUUGAUAUCCCUGUAAUGUUACUAAAUGGGAAGGCCUUACUCAUGUUGUAUGGUUGAGAAAUUUGCCAGUCUUCAAAAGUUCUCAUAUAUUUAUGGCUUGUUUAACUUGUUCUGCCAGUAUUUGCUGGUCUAGCACUUUUCUAG